CGUCAUUCCCGCGUUGAGACAGUACGCUCGCGGUGUGCUCGUAUCAACCUAGAGGAAUCUUUUUGGAGGUGGUGGUACUAUUAGCAAAAGUUGCACCUGCCCAAUUCCCAGCGUCGAAUUUUCUUCCAGCAACAGUAUUGUCUUUGGAAGAAAAGAUGAUGACGUUGAACGUGAUCAUAUUCUCCGUAUUCACUAUUCUCGAAGGAACUGUUCUGGCAAUGGAAGAACCCCCUUCUUCUUCAUCUACGCACACUCAACGUCUCAGUCAAGCAAUAUCGGAUCUGAUCUAUGAUGAACCCGCGGAAAAAAGAGCAUACACAUAUGUUUCCGAAUAUAAGAGAUUGCCAGUUUAUAACUUCGGUCUUGGAAAACGAUGGGCCGACACUAACGAUGGCAAGCGAGGACGACCAUUUUCCUUCGGACUUGGCAAGAGAAUAAAACCGUAUAGCUUCGGUCUCGGCAAACGGAACGACAAUCAAUUCGAAUAUCAACCAUUGAGAAGGAGCCUAGAUUAUUUGCCUGUUGAAGCUUAUGACAGAUACUUAACACGAGAUAACGACGACGAUCAACUAUUGGAUUACAUUCAAGAAAAACGUGGCAAUCGCUUGUACAGUUUCGGUCUUGGAAAAAGAAAUUGGGACGUAUCACCAGCUGACGAUUCAAUGCCAAUUGGAAAACGACCGAACGAUGUAACCGGACAGAGAUACAUGUUUGGUUUAGGCAAGAGAAUGAUGGAGGAAGAGGAUACUGUACAAUAGAGAGAACAAGUUUCUCUUAAUCGUAUUAUUCGGUGACGUUACGCGCGAAUAUUGUUUCUCCUCUCUUUCAUCAUUGAUCCCACAUCUCUUCGGAUUACUGAUUAAUUAAAAAAAAAAAGAAAAAAUCCUAAUCGAGCAAAACAAAAAAAAAGAAAAGAUAUUAUAAAAGAAGAGAAGUUAAUAAAUUGAUUGCCCAUCAUCAUCUAUCCCAUUUCCCUUUUUUCUUUCCUUUCGAUCCUCUCAUUAUCCUUCGCGAGCGCGUUAGCCUUCGAAUUUAUGCUUUACAAAUUCAAAUACAUAUGUACAUACAUAGGAUAGAUGUAUUGGUGAAUGAUCGCUAUAAAAAAGAAAUAUAUUAAUGAUUGAACAAGUACGAUUAUAAAUGUCUAACUUUAUUUACUGAUAAUUUUUUAUUUUAUUCUUUAUAAAAUUUUAUUAAGUAAUUUUAUCUUUUUGAUUUUAUAUUUCAUGCGCUACAAUAUAAUCUACAUGUAUUGUUUGCAAUGUAUCAAUUAAUUCGUUUAAAUAAGAAACAUUAUUAUCCCGGAACGAUAACGUUCAUUUACUAAUACUCCCAUUCUAUGUGUGUACUCAAAAAAACAAAUUAUUUUAUUGAAAUCAUAGUUAUAGAAAGAGAGAGAGAGAGAGAGAGAGAGAGAGAGAGAGAGAGAGAGAGAGAGAGAGAGAGAGAGAGAUACUUGUCAUUUGCGAUCAUUGAGGAAUGAAAGAAGAAGAGAUGCACGCAUCCUUAUUAUUUUAUGUAAUAGAUCAUUAAAAAAUCAAUCGAAACUGAUGAUAACUAAAUCAUCAGGUCGUAUUGAAUAAUAUAAAGAAAAUCUCUCUUCAUAAUUGUUCCUAUUUUUUCAUUUUCAAAAGUAUUCGAUAUGCAUAUAGGUGUGUGUAUAUAUAUAUAUAUAUAUAUAUAUAUAUAUAUAUAUUCUUAUUCUUGUUUACAAUUGUUCAUUUAAAAAUAAAUUAAUAGUAAAAUACUUAAUGCAAAUAUAACGAAAUUGUCGUCAAUGUAAAUGAAAUAUGAGUUAUAAUAUCAAAGAAGAUUCAAUGAAUUAAUCAAGAAUCAAUUAAAAAUGAAUUGCGUGCAUCAUCUGAAACAUAAUAAAAAGGAAUCAUUUUACUUUAUAUCACAAAUAUUUCGUAAUUUUUAUUUGUUUAUUCGUAGUGCCAAAAAAAUAAAAAAUGAAAAAGAAGUAAAGAGAAAUAUCUAUAAUUGUAUAAUUGUAUUAACUUAUAUCUCCAGUGUCUAUAAUAAAUCUUAUAAUCUUCUCUCUAUAUAA